UAAUGUGCGUUAAGAUACGCGAAAUCGGAUCCCGGCAGAAGGUCGGAGACUCCGGGCCUCGUUCUCAUCUCGACUUCGAAGGCGCUCUCUUCUUCUUCCUCCAUACCACCUAGGGUUAGGGUUUCUGAGAACUUCUCCUUCCGAUCUCCAGCGUUUGACGAUUGCUCCGUUUUCUAACCCUGGAUCGACGUUAUUGAUUCGAUCGGCUUCGAAGUCGAGGGUUUCUCGUGAUGCGCUCCUGCGAAGAGCCGCGGAGAUGAGAGGACUUGUGAAAAUCUCGGGGCUCCCUCUCGCGAUCUCGCCGGACGGGACUCAUCCGGCGGACGGAGAGGGGAGCGGGCAGGCGUUUUCGUCAUGGGUCUCGGAGUGUCACGGGAUCUGGUACAACCUCGCCCUGAUCGUUCCGUCGGCCCUUUUCGUCGUGUACCUGGCUUCCCAUGCGCGUAGGAGCUUCGCAAAGGUCACCUAUGGCCGGUCUUACAUCAUGAUCGCGUACUACGCCCUCCUAUGGCUCGUUAGCAUUUUGAAUCUCUUGUGGUGCGCUCUCCAGGCAUGGCAGUGUACUCCUGGAAAGGAAUUCUCAUGGAAUAUGUUAUCGUUGUUUACAAAAUCAGGAAUGUUGUUCUUGGAAGUUAGCUUGGUGGCCUUUUUACUUCAUGGAAAUCAUGCAAGUGGGCUGGAAGCUUUAACACGUACAUUUGUUAUCUCAGGAGUCAUAGUUUCUGCUGAUAUAUUACUCAAGGCUCUCUAUGCAUUUGGUUUUGGAGUUCCAUUAUUCAUCGAUAAUAGUGAAUCAGCCAAUCGUGUGAAAUGGGGUUUGUGGAUUGUACACAGGCUGUUGCUUACUGCAGUUUAUGGCUUAAUUUUCUUCAUGCACCACUCAAAGUGGAGAGAAAGGUUACCAGCAAGACCGGCAUUCUACAACUACAUCUGUGCAAUGUUCUUACUGAAUCUGUUAUCGCUGUUUGCCUGCGUGCUAAUGGGAAAUGGAGCUGGAUUUGGGCUUUGGUUGUUCAAUCUAACAACUAUAUGCUACCACUCUCUUUAUCUUCCACUUCUGUAUGUAACAUUCCUGGCAGAUUUUUUCCAGGAGGAAGAUUUGCGGUUGGAGAAUGUCUACUACUCUGAGAUGAAAGAUGCUGGUUUCUUUGAUUCUGACUGGGAUUAAUACCUCAGCACCUUUUCAACAUGCGAUUGUAAAGCUGUCUAAGAUGAUCAAUCACUUAUCAUGACUUUGUAAGUAAGUGCAGUACUGGAUCCUGUUGGAUUAAAAAAAAAAUUGUAUGAAUCAACUGACUACAUGAUUCUCAUGUGUCAGAUUGAAUGCACCAGAAAUGUUUAUAGUGAUAUACUCUUAACAAUGAGCUAUUUUUUGUUAUUGGAUGCAAGAUGUUCUUCAAGA